CAGGAUUCUUAUCAGUGCAGAAAUACAGCUUCCAGGUGCUCCUUGCCAGCUGUAGAAUAACAGAUACCAAUACUGGGUGACAAAGCUUUCUUUUCACAGAUGUUCCUGGAGGCUGAAGAUGUUUUGUGGUUGGGAUAUUUACCUCAACUCUGCUUAUUUCUUUUUUUUAAGUUUUUCGUAGGUCUGGAUAAGAAUUAGGACUUGGGUUUUGAAGUGUUGGAACAACCUGCUACUGCCCAAGUCAUGACGCUCCCAUUUCGAAAGGACUUGGACAAGUACAAAGAUCUCGAUGAGGAUGAAAUUCUUGGCAAACUUUCAGAAGAAGAACUGAAACAACUGGAAACUGUUUUGGAUGAUCUUGACCCUGAGAAUGCGCUGCUGCCCGCAGGCUUCCGGCAGAAGGACCAGACUGCCAAGAAGGCCUCGGGUCCCUUCGACAGGGAACGGCUCCUGGCCUAUUUGGAGAAGCAGGCACUGGAGUACAAGGACAGGGAAGACUAUGUGCCUUUUACAAGAGAAAAGAAAGGGAAAAUAUUUAUUCCCAAGCAAAAGCCUGUACAAUCUUUCACAGAAGAAAAGUUCUCUCUUGAUCCAGAACUGGAGGAAGCCUUGACCAGUGCCACAGACACAGAAUUGGGUGACCUCGCAGCAAUACUGGGAAUGUCCAACUUGAUAACAAACAAUCAGUUCUGUGAUGUAGUAGGAAGCAGUAAUGGGAUUGAUAAAGACAGCUUCUCAAAUAUAGUAAAAGGUGAAAAAAUGUUGCCUGUUUUUGAUGAACCACCAAAUCCCACAAAUGUGGAGGAGACACUGCAGAGGAUUAAAGAUAAUGAUUCUCGUCUUGUUGAAGUUAAUCUAAAUAACAUUAAGAACAUACCAAUUCCAACGCUGAAAGAAUUUGCAAAAGCCUUAGAAACCAACACACAUGUGAAGAAUUUUAGCCUGGCAGCCACCCGAAGCAAUGAUCCUGUUGCUGUUGCUUUUGCAGAUAUGCUGAGAGUAAACACAAAAUUAAAAAGUUUGAACAUAGAAUCAAACUUCAUCACUGGAGUUGGAAUUCUGGCAUUGGUUGAUGCACUGAAAGACAAUGAAACGUUGACAGAGAUCAAAAUUGAUAAUCAGAGGCAGCAGCUGGGCACAGCUGCAGAAGUAGAAAUCGCCAAGAUGCUUGAAGAAAACAACAAGAUCCUCAAAUUUGGAUACCAUUUCACACAACAGGGACCUCGAGCCAGGGCAGCUGCAGCUAUCACAAAAAACAAUGAUUUGGUUCGGAAGAGGAGGGUUGAAGGAGACAAUUAGCAAAGCUGAUGCCAGAACAGCAUGGGCAGCACCAUGGAGGCAAUCUUGGACAACAUUGACCUGGGUUAGAAGGGAAAAGACUGGAAACCCCAUUCCAUUUAAAGCAAGGCAAUAGAAUCAUCUGCUGGUAUGCAGCACGGUUUUGGGGUGGAUGGAGACACAAUAACUGUGCCAGUCUCUGUACCAUAGGUUUUGAUUGGGUUUUUUUGAAGAACUUUUUUUGUAUUUCAAGACUUUGUCUGUGCUUUCUACUAAAAAUGUAAUUGCAAAUCAAUGGUAUAAUUGUCUGUACUCAAAGAAUGGGACAUUUGAGAUCAUUGGGCAGAUGACCCAACUGAAAUGUUUGUAAGAAAAUCUGGGUAUGUGUAUUUACAUGGGGGUAUGUAUAUAUUCCUGACAACAAUGCCUUAGUAAGAAGGGAUUCUUCACCCAGCAGCUGGACUUGUGUAGAGCUGUUCAGCUUUGUUCAUAUGCACUGAAGAGAAAUCUUUCACAGCAAUGCUAUUUGUAAUUCUACUGUUUUGUUUUUUUAUUUGUUCUUGAUACUGUAAUCAAGUUCAAAGACAUCCUUUAAAGCCAAACACAAAUUGGCUAAGGACUUCUCCCAAGAGAUUAGAGGGACUAAUGCAAGAGUGGAAGCCUUGCAAUGCAAGAAAAAAAUUCUGGAGCCUUGCAAAAUGAGUCUUUCUGUUACAACUAAAUCCUUAAAGUCUUUUUCCAAAGGUCCUAUAACUGUGUCUUGCUCUGUAUCUAAACUGGAUACGUUUUAGACUGAUUUCAUGUGUUCAUCACCAUUAUUUAGUUUAUAUUCUUUGUUUAAAAAUUGUUAUCUACAUUCAUAAGUAUCAAUUUCUCUAGAAGUAGUGGACAUUCAUAUUUAAAAUUCUGCAUAACUGUACAGGAAAAGCAGCCUUAACUGUAAGACCACUGAACUAAGUUGCGUUACAUUAAGCUAUUUGUACUUCAUACAAAUCUAGCAGUUUUUAAUAAUGAAGUAAUACUUUUAAGAAAGGGUUUUUCCAUUCUAUAUCUGUCUUGAUGUCGAAACAUACCUAAGACAUGCAAAAACUAACCAAUAUGUAGUGUCAAAUCUCUAGGGCACAGUCAUUGUUAAAGUGUUUAAAGUCCUAUAAGCAAACUAAUAAGGCAACAAGAAUUACUUCAACUUCUGUACCUAAUCACAGUACACUUUGAAAUAAGAAAAUCUAGAAGCUUUUUGGUGUAGGUCUAUUUGGACUGUCUUGUACUAGUUUGCUUCGAGAUCACAAAAAUGUUCUACAGGACUGCUUAGUUGUAUUUAUAGCAACAGAAAAUUCAACUGACAACUGUUUGCAUCCAAAGAUCAUAAUGUGGUGAGCUUUUAUGUGUAGAAAACAUGUUGGAGUGACAAUUUUACAUCAGGUUGUAUAUACUAUAAAAACAGAGCAAGUCUCUGA